AUGUUAACAUACACUGACUUUUGUUUAAAAUUAGCAACCAUAGUUAAGGAAGAAAAGAUAGAAUCUCUGAAGGUUUAAGAGUUAGUUAAUUAUACACUUGAUUUAUUAGAAAGUACUUAAUCACCUGUUGAUACUUAUGUAUAUUUUGUGAUUUAUUAAAAGGAAGAAGUGAUUAGCAAAGAAUUGAGAUUUUAUAAAAGUGAAUGCUAAUACUUGUCCCAAUUACGGACAACCUUACAAUUGUAGGUCAAACAAGCAAUUACAAACCCAAUUAUUCGAAGUAAAAGAAACAAAUGCACGUCUUAUUGA